AUGGCGGGGCCAGACCAUGUUGUAUUUUCCUUAAGGAACAAGAUAAAGGAAGUAAUCAACCCUGAAGAGGUAGUUAGGAUGCUUGAAGUGGACUUUAGCGAGAACUCAAAUAGCUCUAAACACAUUUCCUAUGAAGACAGAAAAUUUCUGGAUGCCAUGGAAAAGGGGAUUCAUAAGCUGGAUGGGCAUUAUGAAAUGCCAUUACCUUUCCGAGAAGCUAUGCCAUACCUGAGCAAUAAUAGAGACAUGGCAUUACAGCGACUGCAACAUUUGCGGAACCGAUUUGCAAAGGAUGCACAGUAUUGCGAGCAUUACAUUUCCUUCAUGAGAGAAUUGAUUUUGAAGGGUUAUGCAGAAAGAGUACCGGAAAAGGAAAUCAACGUUGAUAGUGGACAAGCAUGGUACAUUCCACACCAUGGUGUGUAUCAUCCGCAAAAACCAGGAAAGUUGCGUGUAGUCUUUGAUUGCAGUGCGAAGUAUAUAGGCCAGUCAUUAAAUGACCAUCUGCUACAAGGACCUGAUAUGAUGAAUAUGCUUGUUGGAGUUUUGUGUCGUUUCCGCAAAGAGCCUGUUGCCUUUGUUUGCGAUAUUGAGCAGAUGUUUCACCAGUUCAAGGUGAAUGUGGAGCACAGAAAUUAUCUACGAUUCCUGUGGUGGGAUGACGGCAAUUUCAGUAAGGAUCCUACUACUUACCGGAUGACGGUACACCUGUUUGGAGCAGUGUCCUCCCCAGGAUGCGCCAACUUUGGCCUGAGACAAGCUGCUACUGAUGGAGAACUUCAGUUUGGAUCUGAUGUUGCGAACUUUAUCAAACGAGACUUCUAUGUUGAUGACGGACUGAAGUCGGUCGCUACUCCAGAGGAAGCCAUUAGCCUUAUAGAGAGAAGCAAAGAGUUAUGCUGUGGAAGUGGUUUGAGAUUACACAAAUUCCUCUCAAACUCGAAGGAAGUUUUGGAGAGCAUUUCAGCUGACGAUAGGGCAAAGGGACUAGCAGGUAUUGACAUACAUCAGGACAAACUUCCCAUUGAGAGAACUCUAGGUAUCCAGUGGUGUAUUCAGACAGAUGCAUUCCAGUUCAAGAUUACCCCGAAGGACCGUCCCCUUACUAGACGAGGUGUUCUUUCGACGUUAAGUUCCGUAUACGAUCCACUUGGAUUCAUUGCGCCUUUUGUCCUAGUUGGGAAACAAAUUUUGCAGGAAAUGUGUAGAAACCAAACAGAUUUGGAUAGUCCUCUACAAGAGAACUUGCGACCCAGAUGGAGAUGUUGGAGGGAAGAUCUCGAGAAGCUUGGUUCCUUGGAAAUCAAGAGAUGUCUGAAACCUGAGAACUUUGGAGAUGUCGUUGUGGCCGAACUACACCAUUUCUCAGAUGCAAGCACUAUUGGUUAUGGCCAGUGCUCAUAUCUACGUCUUAUAGAUGACAAGCAACAAGUACAUUGCUCUUUAGUUAUGGCCAAAUCCAGAGUCACGCCACUGAAGCAAGUUACUGUACCUCGUUUGGAACUUACUGCUGCUCUCGUUUCUGUAAAAGUCAGCUCCCAACUUCUAGAAGAGCUCGAAAUUAGCAAUGUCGUUGAAUGGUUUUGGACAGAUAGUACUGUUGUCCUUGGAUACAUUGCUAAUGAUUCUCGGCGUUUUCACGUUUUUGUCGCCAACAGACUUCAACAGAUUCGUGACCGCACGGAACCCAAUCAGUGGAACUACAUCAGUUCAGCAGAGAACCCAGCAGACAUAGCAUCACGUGGAAUUACAGCUGCUGAGUUACGAAACAGGAAGGAAUGGUUCAGAGGACCCAAUUUUCUAUGGGAGUCCAGUUUACCAUUUUCUGGUCAACCUGUUAGCAAGCCAAGUAUAUCAGAGGACGAUCCUGAGGUUAAGCGUUGCCAGGUGUUUGAGACGAAGGUGGAACCUACUGAAUAUACGUCACUAAUUGACUAUUUAGAACGUUGUUCUGAUUGGAAUCGUGCCAAGAGACUCAUAGCAAACUGUCUUAAGUUCAAGACGUUGCUUAGAAAGAUUCCUUGUCAGAAGGCAACAGAUGCAGUGCCUUCAAAGGAGCAAGGAUUGCCUGUAGCUUUAUUAGAGGAAGCAGAAUUGGCCAUUGUGAGAUUAGUCCAGAAAGAGGCCUUUAGUGAAGAAUUGAAAAUUCUGAACAACACCAAGGGAUGUGAAGAUGUUAACAGAAAGAAGUCUGUUCAAAAAACAUCCUCCCUUUACCGACUCGAUCCAUUUCUGGAUAAUAAUGAUGUUUUACGAGUUGGGGGUCGUUUGCAGAAGGGAGAAUUUACGUCUUAUGUUAAGCACCCAAUCAUUUUACCAAGGAAGUCGCAUGUUACAAGGCUUAUCAUCAGACACUUUCAUGAACGCAGCAGACACCAAGGACGAAGUAUCACAACCAAUGAGAUUAGAUCAAAUGGUUAUUGGAUUAUUGGCUGCAGUUCUGCUGUGUACAGUCUCAUUUCAAGAUGCGUGAAAUGUCGUAAAUGUCGCAGUCAAACACUGGAUCAGAAAAUGAGCGACCUACCUGCUGACAGACUUGCAGCAGAGGCACCCUUUACGUACAGUGGGGUAGACUUCUUCGGACCAUUCUACAUCAAAGAAGGGAGAAAAGAAUUGAAGAGAUAUGGAGUUUUGUUCACAUGUAUGUCUUCAAGAGCGGUGCAUCUAGAGACCGCAAACUCUCUCGACACCAGUUCAUUUAUCAAUGCUCUGCGCAGAUUUCUGUCGAUACGUGGACCAGUAAAACAAUUGAGAUCAGAUAGAGGUACUAACUUUGUCGGGGCUGAGAGAGAACUCAGAGAAUCUCAAGAAGAACUAGACGACAGUCGCCUGAAGCAGUUUCUAACAGCAGAAGGAUGUGAUUAUAUCAGUUUUAAAAUGAACAUUCCGUCAGCGAGUCAUAUGGGCGGAGUUUGGGAAAGGCAGAUCAGGACAGUUCGCAAUGUGCUUUCUUCUCUAUUGCAGGACUUUGGAUCUCAGUUGGAUGAUGAGGGUCUUAGAACCCUUUUCUGCGAAGCUAUGGCUAUUGUCAACAGUCGUCCACUUACCAUCUCGAACUUGCAUGAUCCGUUUGCCCCUGAACCAAUCACCCCUAACCACCUUCUGACCAUGAAGUCUAAGGUUGUCUUACCACCACCUGGUGAGUUCCAGACGCCAGAUUUGUAUUGCCGUAGGAGAUGGCGCCGCAUACAAUACUUGGCCAAUGAAUUCUGGACACGUUGGAGAAAGGAAUAUGUUCAGAUUCUUCAGACGCGUACAAAGUGGUCGUCAACAAGAAGGAAUAUCCAAAUUGGAGAUGUCGUUAUAGUGAAGGAUGAUAACUUGCCCCGGAAUCAGUGGCAUCUUGGUCGUGUCAUAGAUACAUAUGCAAGCGAGGAUGGGUUGGUCCGUAGUGUUAGAUUAGCUAUAGGAGACAGCAAUCUGGACAAGAAAGGCAAGAGGAACGGUCAGCUUUCAACACUUGAAAGACCUAUUCACAAGUUAGUCUUGUUGUUGGAGAACGAGACCGGGGAAGACCCCACCGAGGAGCCAUAUUAGGAACCUAUUUGAGUGUUUCUUUAUGGACAUUUUAUUAGUUGUGAGAUUGUAUAUAUGUUAAAAUUAGUUAUUCACUAAUUUGGGGAGCCAUGUUACGCCCGUACAGGCUACCAUAGGUAGAACUCUUUUGUCAAGUGAGGUAAUUUUAUAUCUUGUUACAUUAUUCUGUUUAUUUGGCGGUAAGCACAUGGUGCAGCAAAGUCAGGAAAACCCUCAUAUAUUACGAAAAUAAGGCACAAGGAGUUUCACGGUGAAGUUUGGUACUGUUUGUGACUCUGCGGCGGGAAUACCCGUAUUUUUGUUCUACAUUAAACUUCAUCAGUCAAAACCAAGUCAACCUUGUUUUAUCUACGAGAGGGUCGAUCCAUAACCGCACAUCUCUG